AUAUACCACAAUAUAAUAUUAUCAUUUGCAGCACCGCUUGCCUAUCUAAUCUUCUUCUCCUCAUAUCCUUUCUUCUUCUCUUUCUUUCUCUCUUUUCCUCUUUCUAGAACAGCUCUUCUUCAUCUUCAGGUCCGACUUUUUCGCCGAUUUUGUCGCCUACUUUUUCGCAGUCUCGUUGUUGUUUCACUUAUAAGCAUAUUGCUUGGUGACAGACAUGGCCGGGGCUUUGGUUCAGUCGACGAGCUUCCCUUCUUCAGUUGCUGGAGAGAGGAUUGCUCAACCAAGCAGAUCAGGGAAGGGCAGGACGUCGAGGCGAACAGUGAAGAUGAUGUGUACGGUACAUAAUGUUCCGUCGAGGGUAAGAGGUUUUUCAGGAUUAAGAGGAGCUAAUGCUUUGGAUAUGAUCGGGAAAUCUGGCCAAAGUUUUCAUUCGAAGGUGGCAGCUUCAACCUCUGUCCAACGUGGGAGAGCUACCCGAAUUGCACCAAAGGCUAUGUUUGAGAGGUUCACGGAAAAGGCUAUUAAAGUUAUUAUGCUUGCACAGGAGGAGGCAAGACGGCUUGGUCACAAUUUUGUCGGCACGGAGCAGAUAUUAUUGGGUCUUAUUGGUGAGGGCACUGGCAUAGCUGCUAAAGUGCUCAAGUCAAUGGGCAUUAACUUAAAAGAUGCACGUGUAGAAGUAGAAAAGAUUAUCGGCAGGGGUAGUGGAUUUGUUGCUGUUGAGAUUCCUUUCACUCCUCGCGCAAAGCGUGUUUUAGAACUCUCACUAGAAGAAGCCCGCCAAUUAGGUCAUAAUUAUAUUGGAUCUGAGCACUUGUUGUUGGGACUGCUCCGUGAGGGUGAAGGUGUAGCAGCGCGAGUUCUUGAAAAUCUAGGUGCUGACCCUAAUAACAUUCGCACACAGGUUAUUCGAAUGGUUGGGGAGAGUGUAGAAGCUGGCGCUACUGUUGGAGGUGGAAGUUCUGGCAACAAGAUGCCUACACUGGAGGAAUAUGGUACCAACCUAACAAAGCUAGCAGAGGAGGGUAAAUUGGAUCCUGUUGUAGGAAGGCAGCCACAAAUUGAACGUGUUACUCAAAUUCUGGGUCGACGUACAAAAAACAAUCCCUGCCUAAUUGGAGAACCUGGUGUUGGUAAAACAGCCAUUGCAGAAGGCCUUGCCCAAAGGAUCGCGACUGGUGAUGUACCAGAAACAAUAGAGGGGAAAAAGGUUAUAACCCUUGACAUGGGUCUUCUUGUUGCUGGAACAAAAUAUCGUGGAGAGUUUGAAGAGAGGCUAAAGAAGCUUAUGGAGGAAAUUAAGCAAAGUGAUGAAAUUAUCCUAUUUAUUGAUGAGGUUCAUACUCUAAUUGGAGCUGGAGCUGCAGAGGGUGCCAUUGAUGCUGCAAACAUUUUAAAACCAGCUCUAGCUAGAGGUGAAUUACAGUGCAUUGGUGCUACAACCCUUGAUGAGUACCGAAAGCACAUUGAGAAGGACCCUGCACUGGAAAGGCGAUUUCAGCCAGUCAAGGUGCCUGAACCCUCUGUUGAUGAAACCAUACAGAUUCUUAAAGGGCUGAGGGAGCGAUAUGAGAUUCACCACAAACUUCGUUAUACCGAUGAAUCUUUGGUUGCUGCAGCACAGCUGUCAUACCAGUACAUCAGUGAUCGCUUUCUUCCUGACAAAGCAAUCGACCUGAUUGAUGAAGCUGGUUCAAGGGUCAGACUUCGUCAUGCACAGCUUCCAGAGGAAGCCAGAGAGCUUGAGAAAGAGCUCAGGCAGAUAACAAAAGAGAAGAAUGAAGCUGUUCGUGGCCAGGACUUUGAAAAGGCUGGGGAGUUGCGUGAUAGAGAAACAGACCUGAAGACACAGAUAUCAGCUCUUGUAGACAGAAACAAAGAGAUGACCAAGGCGGAGACUGAGGCAGGGGACGAAGGUCCCAUGGUGACAGAAGUGGAUAUUCAGCACAUUGUCUCAUCAUGGACCGGUAUACCUGUUGACAAAGUAUCAUCUGAUGAAUCUGACAAACUUCUGAAUAUGGAAGAGACCCUUCACACACGAAUCAUUGGUCAGGAUGAAGCUGUUAAAGCCAUUAGCCGUGCUAUCCGUCGUGCCAGGGUUGGACUGAAGAAUCCUAAUAGACCCAUUGCUAGUUUUAUCUUCUCUGGUCCAACUGGGGUGGGAAAGUCAGAGCUGGCAAAGACAUUGGCUACAUACUACUUUGGCUCUGAAGAAGCGAUGAUCCGACUUGAUAUGAGUGAAUUUAUGGAAAGGCACACAGUCUCCAAGCUCAUUGGUUCACCUCCUGGUUAUGUUGGGUAUACAGAAGGUGGUCAGCUAACUGAAGCUGUCAGGCGCCGUCCCUACACAGUGGUUCUUUUUGAUGAGAUAGAGAAGGCUCACCCUGAUGUUUUCAAUAUGAUGCUUCAGAUCCUGGAGGAUGGGAGGUUGACAGAUAGCAAAGGUAGAACUGUUGACUUCAAGAACACACUCUUAAUUAUGACAUCAAAUGUUGGAAGUAGUGUUAUUGAGAAGGGGGGUCGUCGCAUAGGUUUUGAUCUUGAUUAUGAUGAGAAGGAUAGCAGUUAUAACCGCAUCAAGAGCCUGGUCACUGAGGAACUUAAACAAUAUUUUAGGCCAGAAUUUCUUAAUAGGUUGGAUGAGAUGAUUGUGUUCAGGCAGCUCACCAAGCUUGAGGUGAAGGAGAUUGCAGAUAUUAUGCUCAAGGAAGUGUUUGAGAGGCUGAAGGGUAAAGACAUUGAACUUCAGGUUACAGAGAGGUUUACUGAUAGAGUGGUUGAGGAAGGAUACAAUCCCAGUUAUGGAGCCAGGCCUCUAAGAAGAGCCAUAAUGAGACUCUUGGAGGACAGUAUGGCCGAGAAGAUGCUUUCUAGAGAGAUCAAGGAGGGUGAUUCUGUAAUUGUUGAUGUUGAUUCUGACGGUAAUGUGACUGUUCUCAAUGGCAGUAGUGGUGCCCCUCCAGAGUCAUUGCCCGAGCCAAUUGCCGUGUAGAUGGUUCAUUUGGACUCACCAGUCACCACCAACCCCUUCCCAGAAGGGGAAAAGCAAUAAUCUGAUUUACCUGGGUGGUGAUUUGCUAUACAGUUGAGUCGGGGGACGAUGCAUUACAGGAAGUCUUACCUGUAAUGUGUUUCUAGUCUCUGUAUGUUUCCCCAAGGGCAUGUAUAACUGUAUAAGCAAGUUCAUCUUAGAUUUCAAGUUAUUCAGUAAUUAAUAGAAUAUUGUAAGUUAUAGUACCUCUUUAAUUCAAGAAUUUGAGUUUUGCUUGAA